UGUCUGUCUCUGUCUCUCUCUGUCUUUAUUCUAAAGGGUUUUUUUUCUGUUUUGUUGUUUUUAAGGCACAGCAUUGUAAACAUUCACUUACUAAUGAUCAGUGUUCUCUAAUUCUAGCUCACAAACCAUUAAAUUCCUUGUUUGUAGUCUAUUGCACAAGGUCUCUACACAAUGCAAUGAUCAGGUUUGCUAGUUCUGAUCCAUGACUCUUAUCCAUGUACAUGUACAUAGAGAAGCAGUGGUCCAGAUGAAUCUUGAAUGUUGUCAUCUGCUAAACAGGAUAAUAACUUACCUGCAGAAGACCAAGAGAUGGAUCCUACAAAGGGAGAUGAUACCCCUUUUGAAAAACCCAGUAAUGAAGAUGUGAUGAAAACAAAUGAUAAAUGUUUUCCUAAAGUUGCUAGAAGAGGACGAAAGAGAAAGGCUGAAAAACAAACUGAAGCUGAAGAAGCUGCAGCAGCAGCAACUGCAGUCGCUGUGGCUCCAAAAAUAAGCCCAAAAAGAGGAAGACCAGCAGGGAAAGUGAUGGAAGCUCCAUGA